UUCAAUCAUUUGAACACACAUACACAGCUCCGGGACUCUCCGGGUAAUUUACACGUGCACUUGCAACGCUUUCAAAUUUGCGACCAGGCUUUGCCAUGGACGAGUUACUAAAUCUGGGUCUCAGCGGCAUACAGUUUCAACUGGAGGAAUCUGCGGAGGAUAGCGACGAGGAUAUUGAAGGUGGAGCACCGGGCGGUCCUGAUACCAGAUUGCUGUACUACUUCAGAAGAUUGUACCACGUUCUCAGUGGGAAUAUCUUCAUGACCACCUACGUGGAGCGCGGAGAGAGAGAAUACUUUGCGGGAUUCAGCAACUUGGAAUUGGUGGGUCCGUUCCAGGGUGAUCGACAGAGCCAGCGGUACCGCUGGAUCCACCUGUCGCUCAUCUUCCGCGCCUUCAGAUCCAAGACAGAGUCCUGGUGAAGAUACCCCACCGUGUCACAGCCAAAUUGAAAUUCCAUUUGGCUUUUGUUCGGAGUUGUUGGCCCAUCUAGUUUCAUUUUGCGCCCUGGCUUUCGCUCCUGAACCCCCCAAAGUCCACAUCACUGGCCUUUUCGGUUCCCCUGUGUAAGUGGGCGUGUGUGUGUGUGACAUUUUGGCAGCAGUUCAACGGAAAAACGUUUGGCAGCACGGCCAGAAAAUGAUAAGCCUGGCCAGCGGGAAAGAAAAGCGGGUGGAAGCAACCGAGGAAUCGGUUCACUGAGUAAAAUAAAAAUUGGAAAAAGUGUAAUUGAAAUGCAAUGCACGAGAGGAGCGAAGGGUUGCCAUGGUGGAUUUCAAGGAAGCAAUUCGGAAGAGACUUUCUUCAAUGCCACCAUAAGGUUUCCUGCCAUCAAGGCUACGGGUUAAGGUGCCACGAAAUAAACUUAACCAUUCAGUUUUGUUCCUUAAAUUUCAUUUAUACAGCUAAGAAUAAAAUAAAAAGAAUGUACGCUCUUUAAA